AUCCUCAUGGCCUCCAGAGGCAACAACAAGUUCGUGACGCUGAUGAAGACCGCAGUCGGGCUGGCGAUCGGCACCGACGGGAUCGAAGUCACCCUGCUGAGCUACCUCGUGCCGUGCGUCGCCGCGGAGUGGGGGCUGACGAGCUUCCAGCAAGGGUCCCUCACCGCGAGCGUCUUCGCUGGCGAGUUGGUGAGAGGAUGUUUCCAACCAACAUGUUGCGAGAGCUACGUAAAUAGUACGGCGGCGGCGGGCGAGGGCGCCGCGGUGACCGAAGACCACCCCUCCUCGAUGGCCGGCACCGGCGCCGAUGCGCCGGCCCGGCGGUUGAUCCACACGGCGUUGUUGGUGAUGGUGAGCCUCCCCGUAUCAGCGCGAAGCACAACGGCGGUGGCCGUCGAGUGGCUGUUGGCGCCGUCCAGAUGCGAACCACAGGCGAUGUCCGUUCGCGUCAAAGUCGGGAGUGGAGGCGAGGUCGACGUGGGCCAUGGGAGGGUGUGGCGACGCGCGGCGUGGCCCUUCAUCGCGCGCCAGAUGGUCCUCUCGACGACGGUGUUUUGUUUCGUGGUAUCAGACGCGAGUACACCGCGGCCCUCGCCCGCCGCCGCCGUACCUGCGGCCGCUGCCGCCCCGCCACCGCCACCGCCAUCGCGGACGUACAUCUACACCCCGCCGGCAACAGCGACCACCGCAGCUCCGUCGCCGACUUCCGUGGCCUCGUCGUCAGCACCACCGUCCACCGCACCCGCGCUACCCCACCCACCACCGACGCCACCGUCGCAGCCCGCCAGCGCUGCCACUGCCGCUCCCGCUCCUCCGCACCCGCCGCUUUCAAAACAAGCCGUCAAGGAGUUGGGACGGGCGGCGACGAGGGUAGGUGCUAUCGUCCUCGGCGUCUUUAGCGACCUCUACGGGAGGCGACCGGCGUUCCUGGUGGCGACGCUGCUCGUCGUGCUGUUCGGCCUGUCGACCACCUUCGCCACCAGCUUCUGGUGGCUGCUGCUCUUUCGCAGCCUCGUCGGGGUCGGGGCCGGGGGAAUGGGGGUGCCGUUUGAUCUGCUGGGGGAGCUCAUCACGCACAGGGAAAAAAGCCGGAUCCUCGUGGACGUCCAAGUGAUGUGGGCCAUGGGAUCCUUGUUCGUGGGCUUCGCGGCGUGGGCCGUCCUUUUCUUCGGGCACAGCUGGCGCCUCCUGGCCCUCGUAUCGGCGGUGCCCUCUCUGACAGUCCUGUUCUGCUUCAGCUUCAUCCCGGAGUCCCCGCGGUGGCUUAUCGCGAACGGAAGGGUCCAAGAGGCGGAAGAGGUUCUGAGGAAGAUCGCGGGCAAGAACGGGAUAGAGUUCACGACCAUCACCAUCGCACCAGAAGAGAAACCGAAGGACAGGCAUGGCGGCGUGGCGAACCUCUGGCGAAGAUCCGACCUCAGGUCAAGAACGAUCGUGUCGUGCAUCAUCUGGGCAGCCGUGCCGAAGGACAUGAUGCCCCACGAACUGGUGGCAAACGUCCUGUCGAGGUUCUACGUGGAUCGUUUCGACCGGCGACUGAGCAUGUCGAUCAACUUCACGGUUUCGGCAGUGAUGACGGUCCUGAUGCCGGUCAACAGCGCGAUGGCGUGGCUCCUGGUGACGUCCUUCUUCGCCAGAGGGGCGUCGUACGUGUCCUCUUGCAUGGCGUGGGUAGUGACGCCUGAGCUUUACCCAACCCAGAUUAGGUCGACGGGGCACGCCUUGAGCAAUGCCCUUGGGCUGUGCGGGGCUAUCGGGGCGUCGUAUUGGGUGGCGACGCCCUUCUCCAACGAAGUUAUCGCGAUCGGACUGUGCGUCGUCGGCAUCAUCGGUGGGAUCACCGCUCAGGCGAGGAAAAGGCUUUUCCUGUGCUGCCUACAUACCUCGGAACUUCGAACCCCAUUUCACAUAACAAACCAUGCUGUCAUGAAGUACAUGGGCAAGAAAACGCUUCGGACUUGGAACUGCUUUCACACCACGCCAUGCUGUCAUGCGCUGCCAAGCGGCCACCGCCCGGAGUUCGAUGACGACGGAGGUGUCUCGGAUGAUGACGAAUCGAGGCCAUUGUUGCAAAACCCGGUGGAUAUUCAGCGAGGGGAGUUAUAGAGUUCGGAAGGAAUUGAACCAGACGCGUCGACGCCCGCUC